GGCGACCCACGUAGGUCAGCCAAACUAGGGGUGGCUCCCCUCUAUAAAUACCGGUGCCCAGGGUUCUUUGUUGCUGCCCCAACCCGAGCUGCACCUGUUGUGGUGGUACUACUAUCCCGUGAGAAUGAUUUUGUGGUGCUAUCUCGCCCACAAGAACGAUUUUUGUGGAGUGUCAUCACCCACAAGGACGCUUUUUGUGGAGGCAACCACGCCCCGCAAGGACUACUAACUCUUGGACGGCUGAUUUUGAUUUGCUAACACUCACAUAACCGUUUCGAGGCUUGUUCUUGUGUGUUCUUGCUCUCUUGUUGCAGGUAUGAAGAAGGACGGAAGGAAGGUCAUGGGUGUCUUCAAGAAGGCAACAGGCUCGACCUCGGGUCGUUCCCAGGGUGGCUCCAGCUCACGCUACUCCACCAGUUAUGUGCCGAGCCCUAGGGGAGAGCCCAACAGCCCGAGCCUCAAGACGAAGAGCAGCAGCCCGAAACUGCAGGCACAGGUGCAGCAGCCCGAGGAGGAAGAAGAAGAAGAACAUGACGACACCCACCUUGACAUCCGAGGUGAUCGUGAGCUCCAGGGAUACAACAUACUAAAGCGGUGCCGGUUCCGCCAAACGAGGAUUUUCGACCCCGACCUCCUUCAGAAAAUAGGAAUGGAUACUGACUUUGCCAACGUUUGGAAAGCCGUGGGAUGGACUGAUUUUGCCAACAUUUCUGAGAUGCGUUCCCACGACUUAACCUUUCAGUUUCUUUGCACCCUCGAUGAGGAGGAAAGUGGGAUCUCUUUCCAUCUUUUUAAUCAAGAAUAUUCAGUUUCUUGGAAAGAUCUUAGCACACUUUUGGGUUUUCAUCACCGCUGCAACAAUGGUGUUGAAGCAACUACUCGCGGUUUUGAAAAGCAGAGUUUCUGGCAAUCCAUUUCGGGUGCGACCACUGUUGGAAAACCAAGAUGCAAUGACAUACAGCACCCAAAUUUGUGUUUGAUGCAUAAAUGGGUUGCAAUAACAUGUUUCCUAGAGGUGAUGUCAGGCCCAUUCGGGAUAUUGAACUCCGAAUUCUUUUUACCAUAGUUAACAAAAUAAAGAUUUUCCCCCAUGAAGUUUAUGAUCCAGCAAUGGCUUGAAAAUUUUUGGAUGGUCGGGCCUAUUGAAUGCACAUCUUUAAUCACUCGAAUUGCUAGAGGUUUGGAUGUUUUGAGUUGGGCACCGAUUUCUUACAUCAACUCCUCGCGUUUAAUGAUUGACAAAAAUUAUUUGGUGUAUGGGCAUACACUUAAACAUGCUCUAGAUGACUCUUUGGUUUUCUUCUUGCCAAGCUAUGUAAGUGCCGGAGUCUAACAUUUGUGCUGCAGCCACAAGAAGUAGCCUGCAGGAGCAGCGUGUCCGGGCGGAUGACCCGGAGUAUAUCCCGGAACGAGGGAAUUGUCAUGCCGCCGCCACUGUAUCCAUAUCACAGGCGCGCUGGAGGGUAUGCUCCAGCUGGGGGAGCAUCCGGGUCUACAUUCGGAUAUCAACCCGGCUGGGAGCAAACCUCCCAGCAACAGCAAGCAUGAGGCUCGGCAUGGCAGAGCGCAAGUAGGGCAGAGUGGGACCAACCUGCAAGAGCACACUGGCAGCCGAGUGAUGGCUCCAGUUCAAGUGUUAGGGCAUGUACAAUGGCAAUAAUCACAUCGUCUAUUAGCGGUUUAAUCCGAUUACCAAAGCACAGUUAAUGCCGAACCAGGCGAUGCCGUCGUCUCACCAGACGACGGCACGGGCUCGUGCUUCGAGCGCUUGUAGAUGGCUCGCCGGGCGUUGUACGGGGCGGUGGCGACCGAGCGAUGGCGGGAUCGAUCCUCUGCUCCCGCACAAGAUUUUGGCCCAGGCGUGCGUGAUUCUAGCGGCAAAACUCAUCUGUGCGCUCUCUUUUCCCCCCUAUAUCCAUCUGCUCCCUUCGUCAAAUCCCCACCCACAAGCCCCAAUCUCCAACUACGGCAAAAUCAAGGGGAGCAAUGGCAUCGGGGAAGGACUCGGCGGCUUCAGCUGCUACCGCGGCGCGCGAGAGGAAGGCCAUUGCUACGCGGGCACGGGCUCUGAAGCUCGGGCUUGCGACGACGAUGAUGGCGCAGGGCGGGAAGGCCGUGAAGACAGCGGCGCAGGGGAGGAACGAUGCAACGGCGGCGCGGGGAAGGAAGGAUGCGACACCGGCGCAGCAGCGGUUGGUGGAGGAUCCGCCUGAAGAGCAAAGGUUCGCCACCCCAAUCCUCUCUGCUUGCCCAAGAUCGACCCCUGAGCGAAGCUUUGGCGCUGCCCCAAACCUCGCUGCUGGCACUAGAUCCACUCCUGUGCAAAGCAAUGAUGCCUCCCCAAGCCUCGGUGGUGGCACUGGAUCCACUCCUGUGCAAAGCUUUGCCGCCGCCCCAAGAUCAACAGGAGGUUUCUUCUUCCCGGCUGCCUCAAGGUACAACGGCGGCAUGAACUUCUCCGGCAGCCCAACCUUGAUGUCUUCAACCAUGGCUAGCCAUCCAUCACUGACUCAACCAUGGAUUCAUGCCGAUCCAAGAGAAUGGGACAAUGAUCCAGUUCCACCAGGCGACUUCAUGAAAAUGUUCGAAAACCAGUCUGAGAAUUCUCACCUUGUUGGGAGAACCUCUCACGGUGCCCCACCGGUUGAAGAACUAGCACCCACUCCACCAGCUAGAGGGAACCAGAAUAUGGAAAAGGAACAAAGUGGUAGGAUUGAUAAGAGGAUUCUUUGGACACAAGACGAAGAUUUAAGAGUGAUGAACGCUUGGUUGAAGAAAUCGGUGGACUCUGUCAGCGGUAAUCAUAAAAGGAAUGAGCAGUAUUGGGGUGAUGUUGCUAGGACAUACAACGACACAACACCGAGUCAUAGGCGGAGGAACAUGAAACAAGUAAAAGAUAGAUGGCACAAGGUUAACAGGUGGACCAACCUGUUUCAUUGUGUCUGGCUGAAAGCUCGUAGAUUGAAUACAAGUGGGUGGAAUGAUCAGAUGUGGAUUGAUGAAGCCCACAAGUGGUACGUGUCUGACAACGAAGAACUCAAGCUAGGACAUUUCGUGUUGAUGAAUGUUUGGUAUGCUGUUAGAAAUGAGCCAAAAUGGGUAACCUACAAUGAUAACCUCCAAAAUGCACACAAAAGGAAGGGAUCAGACCACGGGGCUGAAGAGGAUAGGGAAGAAGCAGACCCUUUUGAUGUCACUGUAAAACCUAGACCAAUGGGUACAAAAGCAGCAAAGAAGGCAGCACAUGAAGCAAAGGUGCACUCCAUGUCUUCCUCAACAGAAGAUGCAGAUGUUACAAUCCUCAAAGAAGCUCAAGCAAACAGACUAAAGGUACUAGAAGUACAAUAGAAAUUAUCCGCAGAGAGGUUGGAGUCAUCAAAGAUUGCCCAUCUAGCAGCAAAGGAGCACAAAGAGGCCAAACUUGCUGAGAAGGAAGCCAAGACUCUGGAGGUUAUAGCAAAAAUGAUGGAGACAUAUAACUGUCUACUUGCAAAAGAUGUUGGGCUAAUGAACGCUGAGGAAAAGGAUGAUCAUGUUGCAACACAAGUACUUGAAGAAGUCAAUAUUUCCUGAUAUGUACUAAGCCAACACCUUCCCCAACUUUGUCAUGGAGUGGGCUGCAUCAUAGAACCAGAGGAGCUGUACUUCAUCAACCAGUUUGAUGAUUAGUUCAGAGCUUAGAGUCAAUUAGCUGUCCUUCAUCUACCUGUGUGAACAUGUGUUUUAUUUUUAUUU